AUGGACUGGCUUCAAGUCCAUGAUGCAACAGGACUUGGGUCUCUCGCACUCGCAGCCAGAAGCCGCUAUCACAUGACGUUCUGGUAUAAAGAUUUCGCGCCUUACGCCUCCGAGGAGGAGUUCUGGGAGUGCAAGAAGAAGGCCAUGGAGGUGAUCUUAGAGACACUCGGGAAUCAUUGUGAAAGAGAAGAAGAUAAGUAUGGGUGUAAGAUAAUUCACAGGGCCGGAGCCCAUGGCAUGGGAAAUGACAAACAAUCUGAGAAGAACCAAAUGAUGAGUCAAAAUCCGAAAUUUGCCAGAGAGCUUGACAUGGCCCUCGCCGAGGCUGCAACUGCGGACGGGCACUCUAUCGAACUGAUGGACUUCCUAUUCGGGUGCGGAGCAACUGUGACCUGCGAACUCACGCCGCAACUUGCCGGCCAUGCCUGGCAUAAUGCCCUGAACGAGGAAGUUCCGGCUCUUUUCGAGGCCAAGGUGGAUCUGCUCCUACGUCAUGGCGUCGACCCCACGAGUGUUUGGACCUGGGAGGGCAUGCGGACACCGAUACAAUUUUUCCUCCGCAAGUUAUACCGAAAUUUUCAAUACUUUGAGGAACCUAGCGCCUUCACGAACAAGGUCUUUGGUUAUAUGGAAUACCUAGAGUCGCGUGGCUGCCUACGCUGGCCACGAUCCACUCUCAGAUCCUUUGUGCUCAGCGUCGGAACUGUUCAGAUCAACUGCAUCAUCGACUAUCCUCGAGUGGAGGAGCACGAUAAUAUGAGUACCUCCAGUUUCGUUGACGAUGCCACAGAUGGCAGGCGUGAGCUUGAGCUCAUAUUUGAAGAGCCGGACCAAUCCCUGCUACCACUCCGAGUGGCUCUAUCGAAUCAAAUUGCGCUCAAGCACUUCCGGGAUCUGGUGAUCCUGCCGUCACCCACAUUCAGAGAGUGGGUUGACAAGGAGUCAAUGUCCAAUGCUAUUCAAGAUCUCAAUAGAAUGUUUAGGACUUUUUCGGUCUCGUCACCUAGUGUGGACAUCAUUCGUGCUGCAGAGGACCAGCUCAACGAGAAUCAUCCUAGAUCCGAGGAUGAAAGCAGCAGUUAG